CCCCCACCUAUCCCUGCUCUACACCUCUUUGUCUUGGCUAGGGGUUAAAAAUAUGAUAUAAAAGCAUUGUUUGGACAUUGGAAAACUUUCACGACUCGAUGGUGAACGAAAGUCUUCGAUAGCUGUCACUCUGAAAGGGAUAUGGUGUCGUUAAUGCAUAUUCGGGGGAUAACACAGUUGAUGGUUAAAGUUGAAUCACUGGCGCUGUCCACGAAUAGAAUCUGACGAACAGAGAGUCAAGCUAAGAGGACGUCUUGUCACCAUGAUCUUUAUGUUGAUUCUUCUCUUUGCCGCUGCAGUGAGCUCCCCGUUGAACAGCGAGUACUCAAGCCCCAACGGGGCCGCGCUGCAGCUGGUCAGACGCUAUGCGGAGAACAGGACCACGGGUUCCGCGGCCUGGGGUCUGAGCCAAGAGGAGUUCGCGGUGCUCUUGCAGCAGAUGACAUCUCACAGCGCCGAGUAUCUGGACAGUUUGGUCGGAGAGUGUAAAGAUAUUGAUGGAAACUGUACUUGGAAAAUUCAGUGCCCUGGAAUACCAGAGAUUUACAGCAAGCUGUCUGCUGAUGGCGUGUUGUCCCCUGACGCCCUAAUAAAGGCUCUGCCAGUUGUUCUUAACACGCUUAGCUCUGAGAACUGUUCUGAAGUGGCCAGGGAAACUUUGUUCCAUGUCAAGCAAGUGUCCCAGCCAACAGCAGCUGAAGCAUGGAGUUACAGCAUCGCCUUUGUCACACUCAUCAAUAUCAUCUCCAAUUUCGGAGCCUUUUUAGGUCCCAUCAUGAAGAGAAACUUCUUCAAGCGACUGCUUCAGUUUCUAGUCGCUAUGGGAGCUGGAUCGUUAGUUACGACAGGAGUUGUGGUUCUUAUACCUGAGGCUUUUGAUCUGAUGGAGAUUGAAGAGUUAGGUGACGACUAUGUCUGGAAAGGGGCCGCGGCCAUUUUGUCUAUCUAUGUGUUCUUUAGCCUGGAGAAGGUUCUCAAAACGUUGCGAAUGAGAAAACAAAAACCAAAGAUAAAAAGAAACAUUUCCCUCCACGUAGAGGCGCCAGAAAAUGAGACUAAACUCCCUCUCGCUGGAGAGAAGAGCUCACAAGAAGAUCACGGACAUUCGCAUUCCGACGAAGGGCAAUCUUUGGCCUGGAUGAUCAUGACAGGGGACGCCAUUCACAAAUUGGUGGACGGCUUAUCUAUUGGUGCAGCCUUUGCUAACAAUUUUGGCUUGGGGAUCAACAUUUCAUUGGCCAUCUGCUGUGAAGAGGUGCCACAUGAGUUAGCCGACAUUGCGAUUCUGUUGAAUUCAGGACUGUCCAUCAAGAGGUCAUUAUGUGUGAACUGUCUCUCAGCACUGUUCGGGUAUGUCGGCCUUGUCAUAGGCGUGACGCUAGGCACAAGCACCAUGGAGGCUACAAAGUGGGUCUUUGCGGUCGCAGGCGGGCUUUUCAUCUACGUUCCUUUAGCGGACAUGUUCCCAGAUAUGAGUCGACACCUGGACUUGCUGACCCUUCGUGGCGAUAACGAGGCUAGAGUAGUGUCUGCUCUUCACACUGUGGGACUUCUAAUCGGAUCGGGGAUCGUUCUGACCAUCACCAAUCUCAGCUCGUACAUCGUGGUCUAACUCUCCCUAGAACUCAUCGAGCGCUGCGUUCACACCCCUGCCAGGGACUAGCCCGUGUCCAGACGACUGACUCUUUGGUUUUCAUUCACUAUUGCAAUUGAAGCAAACGAUUUUUUAUACUGUCCAUAGGAAAUAUGGACCCGGAUGAAGAACUGCAUUGGCUGUAGUAUUAUAUUAUCAUUUUAUCAUUGGUGACCAUUGUGAUUUCGUAUGGAUCUUCUUUAUUGUUUGAAAAGAUAAGAGCUUGCGAUUAUUUAUUUAUUAUUGCAGCAUUUAUAGCAAAUUGUCUGCGUAAAUUAACAUUCCGUGCGUAUGUGUCGUGAAUCUAUCAAUAUUCUAAGUUUGAUUUCAUUUAUAAUUGUAGUUUUAUUCCAUGUAACUCUUGCAUUUAAAUGUCUCUGAUUAACUUCUUCAUUUACCCGGUUUGUUCCCUUUGCAUACGUCCGGAACCCAUACUGAACGGUUUGCGGACAUUGAAAGGUCCUUUUGGAAUAGCAGUGAGGCCCGUUCAUACAUUAAAUUAUUUCAUAAUAUUCUUUUAUAAAAGGGUUUCUAUGAACGUCACGGCGGCCUUCGCAUUACCAUUUAUAAAAGAUCUUUACAGUGCAAUAAUAACCUAACACAUUUUCAGCAAUAGUAAGACUAACAUAUAGAAAUACUGUACAAUUAGUAAUCUCCAAUAUCUUUAGAGUAAACUAAUCAUAUUGUAUUCAAUCAGUUCAUAAUAAGGUUCACAAUAAAGUAGAUAAAAGCAGUUGAGAAUAUUUUAGAUUGCGCUUGUACCCAUGUAAAUCUCAUACAGUCUAUCAGCCUACAAAUAAAUAGUGUUACGUAAACCAUAUAUGCAUUAGUUCAGAUUUUCGAUGCAUAAUAAAACUUAACAGACAUGUAAUAUCAGGACAGGUUAGAAUGGCUCAUACCUCGUGGGCCUGAUCGUAUGGUAAUGUCAGGGACUAUUUUUACACCCCUCCGCCCCUGACAUCAUUUUAUACAUUUUUCAUUCUAUUCAAUAGUAUGUUCAAGACCAAAAGAGAAUUCACAAAAGCUUCUUUUCUGGCACACAUUUGUUUUAGGAUAUUGUAAGACACUUUCCAUAAACAAGCGAGCCAUCAAAACGUAAUGAAAAGACCAAGACUUAUUGUAAUGUCCACUAGUAACGCCAUUGGACAGACGGGCCUAUGAGACUAGCUAAUCAUUUUGUGCCUGUCUUAUAAGGUGUUUGCAUAUCAUAUCAAUUUUUUUUUUAAAUUUAAUUAUUCUCUAAAGAGUGUAACUUUUGUUUUCUAUUAAUAUUAAGAAGUGUUUGACUAAUGAAUAAAAUGCAAUGAUAUAUAUAUACGCGGAUGUUUUAGUAAAAGAAUUGUACUUACGAUAUAGUCUACUAUAUAACACAUUAUCAUACAGCUGAUCUAUCUAUAUACAUA